AUGUUCUACACCAUGUACCUGUCAAGCGUGUGUCAACGCCGCCACUGGCCGUCUCCACACUACACCCCUACUAUGACCUCCUCCGGCCUCUACCACUGCAAAGUCCGAGUCAACAAUCGAGAGUACACGACCGAAGUUCCAUACGCCUCCGCAUCGCUUGCCCGUGAUGGAGCCGCGCAAAAGGCCUACAUGAUCUGCCGCAACUUCUCCGUCAACGAUGGGAUGGUUCCCGGGACCAGGCCAGGGCAAAACUUGUUCGCCGUGUCAAAAGGUGCGGCAGUACAAGGACUCCCCGUGGCCAUUGGUAGCGGAAGGAGAGGUGCGAGGAACAGUGGUUCUGAGAGGGAGAGUUGGGAUGGAGGGAGUACGACCGAAGGCAGCAGUGGCAGUGGCGGGGACAGUCCGAGGAGUGUGGGCAGCGGGUACGAAGGCAUGGUGAGCCCGACCAUACCCUCCAAGGGUCAGGGCAGAAGGAGAGGAGGAGAGCCGGAUGGAUAUAUGCGCGCGAUGCGUUGA